UCCGGCGGAGUUGCGGCGGCCGCGCGGUCCCCAGCAGUGCGGCCCCGGCGCGGAGCUGGGAGCCUCGGCCAGCGCCCGGCGCCCGCGCCCGCCACCCGGAGCCAUGGUGCCCCGGGCGCCCGGCGCGGCCCUGACCCUCUGCUUCUGGCUGGCGGCCUCCGGAGGCUGCUUGGCCGCCGGCCCCGGCGCGGCUGCCGCGCGGCGGCUGGACGAGUCGCUGUCCACAGGGAGCGUCCAGCGCGCCCGCUGCGCCUCCAGGUGCCUGAGCCUGCAGAUCACGCGCAUCUCCGCCUUCUUCCAGCACUUCCAGAACAAUGGUUCCCUGGUUUGGUGUCAGAAUCACAAGCAAUGUUCUAAGUGCUUGGAGCCGUGCAAGGAGUCGGGGGACCUGAGGAAACACCAGUGUCAGAGCUUCUGUGAGCCGCUCUUCCCCAAGAAGAACUAUGAGUGCUUGACCAGCUGUGAGUUCCUUAAGUAUGUCCUCCUGGUGAAGCAGGGGGACUGCCCGGCUCCUGAGAAAGCCAGUGGGUUUGCAGCCGCCUGCGUGGAAAGCUGCGAAGUUGACAAUGAGUGUUCUGGGGUGAAGAAGUGUUGUUCCAAUGGGUGUGGGCACACCUGCCAAGUUCCCAAGACUCUGUACAAAGGUGUCCCCCUGAAGCCCAGAAAAGAGUUACGGUUCACAGAACUGCAGUCUGGACAGCUGGAGAUUAAGUGGUCCUCCAAGUUCAAUAUUUCCAUCGAGCCCGUGAUCUACGUGGUGCAGAGAAGAUGGAAUUACGGAAUCCAUCCCAGCGAGGACGACGCCACCCCCUGGCAGACAGUGGCCCAGACCACAGAUGAACGGGUUCAGCUGACGGACAUACGGCCCAGCAGGUGGUACCAGUUCCGAGUGGCCGCUGUGAACGUGCACGGGACCCGCGGCUUCACGGCCCCCAGCAAACACUUCCGCUCUUCCAAAGACCCAUCUGCCCCACCUGCGCCCACUAACCUGCGGCUCGCAAACUCCACCAUCAACAGUGACGGGAGUGUGACAGUUACUAUCGUUUGGGAUGUCCCCGAGGAGCCGGACAUCCCUGUUCAUCACUACAAAGUGUUCUGGAGCUGGACGGUCAGCAGUAAGUCUCUGGUUCCAACCAAGAAGAAGAGGAGAAAGACGGCGGACGGGUUUCAGAACUCUGUGAUCCUGGAGAAACUUCAGCCUGACUGUGACUACAUCGUGGAGCUUCAGGCCAUCGCGUACUGGGGCCAGAUGCGCCUCAAGAGUGCCAAGGUGUCCCUUCAUUUCACAUCCACACGUGCGGCGGGCAACAAAGAACAGCUUGGGAAAACCAGAAAAGGCGGGAUUCCCAUGCAGCCCCCUCUUCAAAGACGACGGCCCACUCGCCCCCUGGAAGUCGGAGCCCCGUUCUUUGAAGACAACCGACUGCAAGUGAAGAUCUACUGGAAGAAGACGGAAGACCCCAGCGUCAGCCGGCACCAUGUGCAGUGGUUUCCAGAAGUGUGUGCUCACAACAGAACAGCCGGAUCCAAGGCAGCCUCUGGUGUGACCCAUGAGAAUUAUAUAAUCCUUCAAGAUCUGUCAUUUUCCUGCAAAUAUAAGGUGACUGUCCAACCCAUACGGCCAAAGGGUCACUCGAAGGCAGAAUCCGUUUUCUUCACCACUCCGCCGUGCUCUGCCCUGAAGGGGAAAAGCCACACACAUAUCAGUUGCCCUGGAGAAGCAGGUCACGUUCUUUCCAAAGUGCUAGCCAAGCCGGAGAACCUUUCUGCUUCAUUCAUCGUCCAGGACUUUAACAUCACAGGCUACUUUUCUUGGAAGAUGGCUAAGGCAAAUCUCUACCAGCCCAUGACAGGAUUCCAAGUGACUUGGGCCGAGGUCACCACAGAGAGCAGGCAGAACAGUCUACCCAACAGCAUCAUCUCACAGUCACAAAUUCUGCCCUCAGAUCAUCAUGUUCUAACAGUGCCCAACCUGAGACCGUCCACCCUCUAUCGCCUGGAAGUCCAAGUGCUGACCACAGGAGGGGAAGGGCCGGCCACCAUCAAGACGUUCCGGACACCUGCCCUCCCACCCUCAGCAGUACCCCGACCCCACCUGAAGCAUCGCCAUCCACAUCAUUACAAGCCUUCUCCAGAAAGAUACUGAACCGGUCAAGAAGAUUUUGAAACUGUUGCUCGGGGUGAGUUUGCUGAGCUCCGGCCACCAGGCGUGGCACUCCCAGAAGCAGCAGGGACCCCGCAGAGGCCCCACUGGCCCCCGACCCUUUAGUGCAGUAAGUUCUUCUAUCAAUCACAGACGCAUCUGGAAACAAGUGACAGAUAAUCACCAGUGAAUACGGACACCAAUCCCCAAGAGAAUGAAGGAAAUGCAGAUUAGGCCUAUUUAACUUUAAAGUUUGUUUCCAUGUACGGCUUUGCUCAUCUCUGUUGAGUUAUUGUGGAGCUGAAACUUCCCUGAUUUUGGAGCAGCUAAUUCUAAAGAAAGAAAGUAGUAUAAGAAAUAGCGAUUCAUGCAUGCACUACGCAUAAAUUCGCACAAUAAAAUAUAUUUUGGAUUUGACUAUUUAUUUGGUUUGAAAGACCAGCUAAGAGUAUACAGCGCUAUGUAUCCAAAUAUUUUAUAAGGUCUUUUUUUUUUUUUAUCAUGGGUGAUUUUUUUAACUGAAAAAUUCUAACCUAAAAUAUACCAAUGAAUUUAAAUCUGAAAAUGCUCCCAUUUUAAGCAUACUGUGCUACUUUUUAUAAAACAUAAGGUAAAUAAAAGUUUUUUCUAUAAAUUGUGAUUUACAAAAGAUAGUCAAGCCAAGAGAAGGUGAUGAAUGAGGCUGCUAACCAGUUUGCCUUGGAGAAGUGAAGAUCUUUUUCUGGCGACACUUUUUAAUAUUUCAUCCUAUAAUAUGAAAGAUUUUCCUGAUAUGUUACCUUAUUUAUAUUUUCCCUUAUUUUCUUCAAUGCAGAAUAGCACCUUCUGGUGCAAAUUUUUUUUUAACCACCUGAAAUUCACAAAACCUCUUGCUUCAAGUGGAAGAACCCCAACUACUGAGCAUUUUUCACAUCUUUAUGGAGAUUUGCUUUUCUUAAUCAAAGUAAGCUAACUGUAUGCUAAAAUAUUUUCAGUCAUGCAUACAAAAGGCCUUUGAUUGAUAAAGACGGGCAACUGUUUGCCUUUAACCUGUACUCUUUUGGCUCUAUUAAAUCUUCUUGUUUGGAAGACAAUGCUGCCUCUCGUAGCACAAACUUCAAUCAAAUAUGUUAUCGAUAGAGAGCGUUGCCCUGUACGUUGGAGCAAUGAUAGCACAGAGAUGUUGUUUUAGUCUUUUUCCUUGAAGGAAUAUUCACAUACAUGGUUUGAAAUAUACAUAGACGUGUGUCUUUAUACUUAUAAAUGUGCGUAUAUAUACAAAUAUGUAUACGAGUGCGCACACACAGACAUGCAUAUAUGUGAAAGUUCCGUGAGUAUGAAUUACUAAAGAAAUCGUUUUCAUAGCUCACCAAUGGUGGAUAAACAUACAGUUCUUGUAAAGGUCCAUUCAGAUAAUAUAUUUUCCCCAUCCAUGCUGCUUCUAUGAGAAAAGAGUAAUUUAUCAAAAUUAUACACUAUCAAAGAAAGCCUUCCUAGCUAAUUUCAUUAGCGACCUAGUUACAGUGCAAAGAAAAGCAGUUCUAAGACGUUCUUCUUAGACUUUGGUGGUGGGACUUGUUUCCUCAUCUGGAUGUGCACAGACACCUGAGCAUUCCUGGCCAGAGUGGGAAACUCAGAACUCAUUGACCCCCAGAGACUUGAUGGCAGUUUCUAGAGGCAGAUGCAGAAUGAAGCCUGGGGAAGUUGUUUUUAUUAUGAUGAUGUGUAUCUUCGGGCAACAUCAGCUAUUAAACAGAGACACCUGAUCAUAGAUUUUAGAACCCGUUUCCUAUGUGUUAACAGAUUUUAAAAGCAAAUAAUGCAAGGCUGUUGCUUUGUAUAAUUGACAUAAGUUAGAAGUGUCAGAAUGAAAGUUCUUGUUGGUUCUGGGUGUUUCUGCAGCCCCUGUCCCAGGCUGGAAUGCACAUUAUGUUGGGGAGUCACCUGGUUCUGAGAAUUUGGAACGGAGAGAACAGGAAACAGCCUUUAUUUACAAACACUGCUGAGCUUCAGCAAACUGGUGCCACAGACCUCUUCCCUGCACCACACUUCCCUCUAACGCCAGUACCAGCAUCUGAAUCUCAAGUUCUUAAAAUUUCUUAAAAUUACGACUUUUCAUUAUUGGCUACACUGGUUCUCUCUCCUGUUAGCUUUUCAUGAACAAAUCUAAAUAAGACUAGCCACUGUUCAUACAGUUGUAUAGUUACAAAUGUGGGAGUCUAUACCUAGAUACAAAAUAUUGUUAAAUUAUUGUAUACAUUUAAUUUUAUAAAAUUGAAUUAUGUUUUUCUUUCUAGGUAAUAGACAUUGAGAACAUAAAUAUAUUUUUAGUUCAGAUGGUAGUUCUGAAGCUUACAUCUUCCUUACAAAAUCUGAAGCAGUUCCUCUGAGCUUCUAAUUUUGCUACAACACACGUUUAAUAAUUUUAAAUUUUAUUAGUUAUUGGAAGAAAAAUGCUAUUAAUGAUGCACUAAAAACACGAGUUUCUUUGAGUUUUAAUGAUCUCCAUAAUAUUCAAAUGAUCAAAAAUAUAGUUGACAAUUUUGUGAAUUUAAAAUGUUGAGUGCCCUAAUAAAGUGAUAAAAAUCUAUAAUUUUUUUAAGAGCAUUUGGGUGACUAAUUCUACAAUGUAU